AUGAACUUGCCGCCCGACAAAGCCCGGCUACUGCGACAGUAUGACAACGAGAAGAAGUGGGAGCUCAUCUGUGACCAGGAAAGAUUCCAAGUGAAGAAUCCUCCACAUACAUACAUCCAGAAGUUGAAGGGCUAUCUGGACCCGGCUGUAACCAGGAAGAAAUUCAGAAGACGAGUCCAAGAGUCUACUCAAGUACUCCGAGAACUGGAAAUUUCUUUAAGAACAAAUCACAUUGGAUGGGUCAGGGAGUUCCUGAACGAAGAAAACAAAGGCCUGGAUGUUCUGGUGGAGUACUUGUCGUUCGCACAGUAUGCAGUCACGUUUGACUUUGAAAGUUUGGAGAACAAUGUGGAAAACUCGAUGGACAAGUCCAAACCUUGGAGCCGAUCUAUUGAGGACCUGCACAGAGGCAGUAAUUUACCCUCGCCGGUUGGCAACAGCGUGUCCCGCUCUGGCAGACACUCGACUUUACGGUAUAACACCUUGCCAAGCCGAAGAACGCUAAAAAAUUCCAGAUUAGUGAGUAAAAAAGAUGAUGUCCACGUCUGCAUCAUGUGUUUACGGGCCAUAAUGAAUUACCAGUAUGGAUUCAAUAUGGUCAUGUCGCAUCCACAUGCCGUUAAUGAAAUUGCACUAAGUCUGAACAACAAGAAUCCCAGGACAAAGGCCCUCGUCUUAGAACUUUUAGCAGCCGUUUGUCUCGUCAGAGGAGGGCAUGAAAUCAUUUUAUCUGCAUUCGAUAACUUCAAGGAGGUGUGUGGAGAGAAACAGCGCUUUGAGAAGCUGAUGGAGCACUUCCGAAAUGAAGACAACAAUAUAGACUUCAUGGUGGCCUGCAUGCAGUUCAUCAACAUCGUUGUCCACUCGGUGGAGGACAUGAACUUCAGAGUCCACCUGCAGUACGAAUUUACAAAGCUCGGCCUGGAUGAGUACCUGGACAAGCUGAAACACACGGAGAGCGACAAACUGCAGGUGCAAAUUCAGGCUUACCUGGAUAACGUUUUUGAUGUGGGAGCUUUACUGGAGGAUGCCGAAACCAAGAAUGCAGCCCUGGAAAGAGUCGAAGAACUGGAAGAAAACAUUUCCCAUUUAUCUGAAAAACUCCAAGAUACGGAGAAUGAAGCCAUGGCGAAGAUUGUGGAACUGGAAAAACAACUUAUGCAAAGAAACAAAGAACUGGAUGUGAUUCGGGAAAUCUACAAGGAUGCAAACACCCAGGUUCACACCUUGAGGAAAAUGGUGAAAGAAAAAGAAGAAGCCAUCCAGCGACAGUCGACGCUGGAGAAAAAGAUCCAUGAACUGGAGAAGCAGGGAACCAUUAAGAUCCAGAAGAAAGGUGAUGGUGACAUCUCUAUCCUUCCUGUUGCUCUGGCCUCUGGGAUGGUGCCGGCAGGGUCAGAGGCCGUGGCUGGCACGUGUGUUGCACCGGUCGCUGGAGCUGCAUCUUCAGUACCAUUGCCACCACCUCCGCCACCAUUACCCGCCUUAGCAGCGGCAUCUGAGGCAGUGCAAAACGGUCCUGUGUCAGUGCCAAUGCCGCCUCCGCCGCCGCCUCCACCGCCACCUCCACCACCACAACCACCGCCUCCCCCGCCGUCGGCACCCCCCCUGCCCGGGACAGCCUCUCCCACCGUGGUGUUCAACUCAGGGCUUGCAGCUGUGAAAAUCAAGAAGCCGAUUAAGACCAAGUUCCGCAUGCCGGUGUUCAACUGGGUCGCCCUCAAACCCAACCAGAUCAACGGGACGGUCUUCAACGAAAUAGAUGACGAAAGGAUCCUGGAGGAUUUAAACGUGGAUGAAUUUGAAGAAAUAUUCAAAACAAAAGCCCAAGGUCCAGCCAUUGAUCUUACUUCAAGCAAGCAAAAGAUAACUCAGAAAGGGUCAAACAAAGUCACGUUACUGGAUGCCAACAGGGCCAAAAAUCUUGCCAUUACUUUAAGAAAAGCCGGAAAGACAGCAGAUGAAAUAUGCAAAGCUAUUCACGUGUUUGACCUGAAAACGUUGCCGGUGGAUUUUGUUGAAUGCCUCAUGCGGUUCCUGCCCACCGAGAAUGAAGUGAAAGUGCUGCGGCUCUACGAGCGGGAAAGGAAACCCAUCGAGAACCUGUCCGACGAAGACCGGUUCAUGAUGCAGUUCAGCAAGAUUGAGAGGCUGAUGCAGAAGAUGACCAUCAUGGCGUUCAUAGGCAACUUUGCAGAAAGCAUCCAGAUGCUGACCCCGCAACUUCAUGCAAUAAUAGCUGCAUCCGUCUCAAUAAAGUCAUCCCAGAAGCUUAAGAAAAUACUGGAGAUAAUCCUGGCUCUCGGAAACUACAUGAACAGCAGUAAACGAGGAGCUGUCUAUGGGUUUAAGCUACAGAGUUUAGACCUGCUCCUAGAAACGAAGUCAACAGACCGAAAGCAGACUCUGCUGCACUAUAUUUCAAAUGUGGUCAAGGAGAAGUACCAGCACGUAUCCCUCUUUUACAACGAACUUCAUUACGUGGAGAAGGCUGCUGCAGUGUCUCUUGAAAACGUCCUCUUGGACGUGAAGGAGCUGCAGAGGGGCCUGGACCUGACGAAGCGCGAGUACACCAUGCAUGACCACAACACCAUGCUGAAGGAGUUCAUUCAGAACAACGAAGGGAAGCUGAAGAAACUGCAGGAUGACGCCAAAAUCGCCCAGGAUGCCUUUGAUGAUGCUGUGAAGUACUUUGGGGAGAAUCCCAAGACGACGCCCCCCUCGGUCUUUUUCCCAGUGUUUGUCCGGUUUGUGAAGGCCUACAAGCAAGCAGAAGAAGAGAAUGAGUUGAGAAAAAAGCAGGAACAGGCCUUAAUGGAAAAACUUAUGGAGCAAGAAGCAUUGAUGGAGCAACAGGACCAAAAGUCUCCUUCACAUAAAACAAAGAGACAGCAGCAAGAGCUGAUUGCAGAGCUCAGGCGGCGGCAAGUCAAGGAUAACAGGCAUGUGUACGAAGGCAAGGACGGUGCUAUUGAAGAUAUUAUAACAGAUCUUAGAAACCAGCCGUACCGACGGGCCGACGCGGUGAGGAGAAGUGUCCGGCGGCGCUUUGAUGAUCAGAACUUGCGCUCUGCAAACGGUGCUGAGAUAACCAUGUGA